CUCCGUGAAGUGAGGUCGCGCAGCUCUCACCUUGCCAAGGCCCGAACGUAUAUACACGCAUGCAUCGCCUCAAUAUAUUUACAUGGCUCUAGAAAUGGCGAGGUGCGCGAGAAAGCUGAUCUGAUUUGUGCCAAUGGUUACAACUCAGUGUGGUGUGGUGUAGACAAAGAGUGAUGACAGUGGCCGCGCAAAGAGAAGGUCUACCAUGCGUUAGGGUCUUCAUGGUAGAGAGAAGGUCUAGAGUGUUAUAAGAUUUAAAGAGGCAGCGGCGGUGCCCAAGUUUUACGUCUGGGGUCAAGAUUCGUCCCACUUUUGGGACUAAGGGUCGCCCUCACCCACCCCCACUUGAAGAGGACGAGCGGCCAUAUUUUUUCCAGAGUCGCGUUCGCGAGACGAACGCGCAUAAUGAAACGGCAUAAAACUAUUCGUUUUAUGGACUUUAACGUGAAAACAUUGACGCAAUACGGUGAAGCUAAACAGUUAUACGCGUAAUACAGAUCAUCACUAGACUUACGACCGCGUCGAAAUCAUUGACAAAUUCACGAAUUUUGAAUUAGAGAAUAACUCUUGUUCGUUGGUGAAUCUUAAUGAGAUGUUAAGUGAUGCAUGUGAAGUGAUGGCUUAGUGAUGCGUGAUUGCAAGCUUUCACACGUGCAAAAAUAAGAAUGAAAAUAAAAUAAAGGAAAUUGUCUUAGAAAUCAUUCAGAUAUCUGAAUAGUGAAAGGUUUGUGGCUGUUUGCAGCUAAGAACAUAAAAAUUCUUAAUGAGAGAUGCAACUAAAAGUUUUGAUUUUAUUUUACUUAUUAGACACAUGCAAAGUUUCAGACGAUAUCAGAAAGCGAAUAAAAAUAAAUGCGAGACUGUUAACCGACUGAAAUGUUUAUGAAAAGAAUGAAGGACACAUCAAGAAGAAGAUAAGGAAACAUUUGCAUCGUUCACAGAGCAAAAGAAAAAGGAAGGAUGACAGGAGACGGUGCCACGGAUGACCUCACCCCAAACGUGGGGUGUCCCCCAAUUGGGGUGAGAUGGGGGGACGAGCUCCCUGACCGGGGGCUGGAAGGGGACAUGGAGGAGGACCUCGAGGGAAGGUUCACCAUGUCAGGGAUGCACAGCAGGUCCAUCGUCUCCCUCCCCCCUGAGCCAUUUAUGAUCAUGCGUUCAAAGGCGCUGAACAGACGCGUGCAGCUGAACGUCGGGGGAGUCCGACACGAGGUGCUGUGGCGGACGCUGGAGCGACUUCCUCACACAAGACUCGGCCGACUAAGAGAAUGCAACACGCAUGAAGCCAUCAUGGAACUUUGUGAUGAUUAUUCCCUCAUAGAAAAUGAGUAUUUCUUCGACAGACAUCCUCGGUCGUUCUCCUCCAUCUUAAAUUUUUACCGCACUGGUAAAUUACACCUGGUGGAAGAGAUGUGUGUGUUGGCGUUCAGUGAUGACUUGGAGUAUUGGGGUAUCGAUGAGCUGUACCUCGAGUCAUGCUGCCAGCACAAGUACCAUCAAAGAAAGGAGCACGUGCACGAAGAGAUGAGGAAGGAGGCAGAGUCCCUCAAGCAAAGAGAAGAAGAGGACUUCGGCGACGGCGCUUGUGCGCCAUACCAGAAGUUCUUAUGGGACCUUAUGGAGAAACCACAGACAUCCUUCGCUGCCAGGGUUCUGGCAGUGAUCUCCGUGGUCUUCAUCAUCAUGUCCACAUUAGCACUGGUUUUGAACACCGUGCCCGCCUUCCAAGGCGAAAACCAAACUGAUAGCGAAACUUUGGCAAUGGUCGAAGCUGUCUGUAUCACAUGGUUUACGCUUGAAUACCUGCUGAGGUUUGCCGCGAGUCCAAACAAAUGGAAAUUCUUCAAAGGACCAAUGAAUAUCAUAGAUUUGUUGGCAAUUUUGCCGUAUUUUGUGUCACUUUUUCUCAUAGAAUCAAAUAGGCAUUCUGACCAAUUCCAAGACGUAAGAAGAAUCGUACAAAUUUUCAGAAUCAUGAGAAUUCUGAGAAUUUUAAAACUUGCCAGACAUUCGACUGGACUUCAAAGUUUAGGUUUCACGUUGAAGAACUCCUACAAAGAGCUGGGUCUCCUCAUGUUGUUUUUGGCAAUGGGUGUUCUAGUGUUUUCAAGUUUGUGCUACUUCGCGGAGAAAGAAGCUAAUCCCUUAUAUGGCAGCAUACCAGAAGCUUUCUGGUGGGCUGGCAUUACAAUGACCACCGUUGGGUACGGCGAUAUUUAUCCAGUGACACCGCUAGGCAAAGUGAUAGGUUCAGUGUGCUGUAUUUGUGGUGUGCUGGUCAUUGCGCUGCCUAUUCCUAUCAUCGUCAACAACUUCGCCGAGUUCUACAAGAACCAAAUGCGUCGAGACAAAGCGCUAAAGAGGCGCGAGGCUCUCGAAAAGGCUAAGAGGGAAGGCAGCAUAGUGUCCUUCCACCACAUCAAUCUCCGAGACGCCUUCGCCAAGUCAAUGGACCUCAUCGACGUCAUUGUUGACACAGGUCACAACCUGUCCCAAGCUGACGCCAACUCAACUGGAGGGGAGUCGAUAGGGCAGGGUAAUACAGGCACAGGCUGCUACAGGAAUCACGAGCACCACUUCGGUACCAAAGGAGCUGCCGAGAACAAAGAUCCUCUUCUUGAGAAGACCAACGAGAAACUCAACUCCAAGAGUGCCGUUGAUAUGAUAGAGAUGCAGCCACAGAAUUAUGGCCGGCCUUCUGGAGCCGACGACAGAGCAGAGGCCGAUACGCUUAGUUUGAAAACCCCGGGUGCCAGAGAGCCGCUGCUUGAUGCGGAGGGUCUCUUGAACCAGCACGCUUCCCUUCCAUCAACCCAACCUCACGCACCUCCCCUCAUACAACUAAAACCACUGAAGGACAAUGAGGGUAGCAGAACAAACCUAACCACAGAACUUGCCUCCUUGGACUCCACGGAUACCUUUGCAUCGUGCACCACCCACAUCUUCCCUUCUCAGGCCGACCUCACCGCCGAGACCAACAACGCUCACGAUGCCAACAUUACCGCAACGCCUAGGGACUCCAACUUAUACGUCAACCCGCUCGAUGACCAUCGGCUUCCUUCUACUCCUCUCAUGGCAUCCAAAUUCUCCCCGGCAAGCUCAACGGCUUCGCCACUUCGCACAAUAUCCCCCAAGAAACCUGGUCUUCGACCACAAGCUUACAUGACUGACAUCUUCGAUGACACCAGAAGCACCGACUGUUUGUUGGGAGGAAGUUAUUCAUCACUUCAAGACUCGCCUCUACCUAAACACCGCAGAGCACGUUUCCAGGAGGGUACGCAGGGACCGUUUUCCCGUUUGCUGGAGAAGGUAGACCGAAGCAAACCGGAAAGAGGAUCUCUUUCGAACAUCUCACGUACCGGUCUCCUGCCCACCUCCACCAACUCCAGUUUCAACUCAGGCAAACCAUACGUAAGAACUCACACUGGAUCCUCUCCACAAAAUUCUGAUGCCAGAAAAUCUAUUUUAAAAAACAAAGAUCCCGAGGCAGAGCAAUUGAUCCCUGUUCCAGCUCCUGCAGCAUCAUCGACAAAAGAGAAGUCGUUCCCUGUAAAAUUCGCUUCAUUUAGUGAAGAAGACGGGAAUGAAAAUUACAGAAGACCUCAUAAAAAACUACCGACCUCACCAAUGCCUAACCGUAAAAUCCCAAUAGCGCCUCUCGCUGACCUCAUGGCCGAUUUUGAUGGUCAAGAAAGCCGGGGAAAUUCAGAAGAAAAUCUUCUUAACGACGCCCUGCUCGACCACCAGAAUGCAAACACGGUUCUGCGUUGCUCACGAAUUAGUUGCAAGCUAAACGCACCGGCAUCCAAUUCAAGCUUAAUGCACGACCCUCUGAUGGUGGUCGAGCAUCUUCCUGUGUGUAUGUGCGGGGCUGCAAUGACUCGUAUACCUGCUGAAUCUGUGGCAGAACAAACUCUGUCCACGUCCCUCACAAAUGUCUGCACAGCUGCAGACGCCCAUAUUUUAAGUACACCAGCGACCAAAGCAUCAACAACCGACGAGUCCUGGGAUAAGCGCAAGGAUUCUUUCUUGCCUCCUCUCCUGCCAAUCCCUUCAGAAAAAACCAACGUCGAUUCCAAUGGAACGGAAGUUCAGGAAUUAAAGGACCCGCUUUCCUCUUCCAACCUCAACGAAGAUUCCUCUUCCUUUGUGCGCAGAAUUCCGUCUGAUGAAAGUAAAUUGAUUAGAAGGUCUUCUGUCCAAGAGCCUACAGAUUCAUAGAUGAUGUUGAAGCAUGUUGGACUUGCUGUUUACAUUUGUUGUUCUCUUAUUACGCGAAUAAAUUUAAAUUCUUUAAUCAGGAAAUAUUGUCAGCAAUAGGAAUAUUCUCAUUUGUAAAAUCUUUAUUCUAAUCUUUGCUUCCCUAUGAUAUUUCUUAAAUAUUUAACUAUAUUACCCACUUUAAAUUCUGCAGAAGUCUUAGAGGUGUAGUCAACUAAAAUAAUCACUUAAAAUCCUGAUUAGUUUCCGGAAUUACAUUUUCCAGAGCUUUCAAGAGCAAUAAUUAACCCCGCUAAGAUUCUGCUAAAUCGACUUGUAUUAAAUAAUUUGUGCAUAUCCCGCGAGGUCAAGUUACAACCGACAAAGAUUAUAUUUUCAAGUUAUCGUUCACAAGAACCAAUCGUAGUUGCAGUUCAAAGCGUUUAUGUCUGAAAAAGUAUAUAUAUGUAUAGUUUGUACUAUCAAUAUGAGACAAAGUGUAGUAACAACCCUAAGUUAUCAGUUAUAAUGCUGGAUAGGCAGCACUAAUUCUAAGUCGCUGAGAUCGCCUUACAAAAGCCAGGGCGAAUUUUUCCUCUAUCCGAUCACAAUUACGCAUUAAUUGUAAAGAAGAACUUCAAGUGGUUAAUAGAUUGAUCUGGAUUUAUUAAUAUGAUUAUAAUGUAACCUAAUUUUCACACAGCAAACCUCCACAACAGCUUGAUUCCUGUCAUAGCGAAACUUUAUAAAUCAUCUUGCUUAGCCGAUAACAUUUUUCAACAACUAAACUAGAAUCACGACACGUCGUACCUUAAUAAAACGAGUCUACGUUGGUUUCAUUGCAGAUUCCCCACGCGUGGUAUUUUCACUUGAUGCGCAUCUAUUUUCGUCCAAUUGUCCUCUAAAAGAAUUAGUUUAAGUAGUUUGUUAAUAUUCACUUUGCUUAAUGCCUAAGUAGAAGCUAUUCUGUGAUGAACAGUGAGUGUAUUGGCAGAAGUGUUUCGCCAAGGUACGUUUAGGCAUCGCUGAAAAAUAUGAUUAUUUCAAUAAUUUUUAAACAUGCCACAGGGUACCGCAAUGGUGGUGCAUUGACCAACUGAGGCACAGUAAUAAUGGUGAUCUUUACCUUCAGAAACGUUGAAAGUAACAGGAUAGGAUCAUUUGUGCAGUAAAAUUAAAAAAUCAAUGAUGAUUCCUUUGUAAAAAUCAUUGCAAUCAAAUAAUUAUUAUUCAUGGUGAAUGAAGCAACAGAACUUGGUGACUAAAGUGAUUUUGAAAUGGAAAAGAGAUGAAGUCUCUUUGGUUAUCAUUAGAAUAAAACUAAAUUAGCCAAAAAAUAAUUUCAUAUAAUUACAAAAAUGUUCUUAUCAGAUAAACUGAAAUAAUUUGCGAAUAACGAAUGACCAAUGAUGGAAGAUGUCAACUUAAUUGUUGUUAUAAAAUAAACUACCGGACUUCGAAUCACUUGCGCCCUCUGGCGAGUUAAAAAUGACAACGAGACUGAGGGAACACUAUUUGAUUUUGCAGCAGUCGCACACGCUCGAAAACUUGAUUUUGACCAAAUAGCGCAGGACGACUUUGAAAGCUCGCAUAAUUUUAAUGUAUACACUAAUAUAGGCGUGACUGCAUGUCACUGAGUAUAGUAUAGGUCGUGUGACAGUUCCAAAGACGAGUGUCGGCAAUUGUCUUGCUGACGUCAUAACGGAGCACCGAGUCGAAAAUAGUAGUAUUAAAAAAGACCUAAUUGAAAGUGACGCUGCAAAUCAUUCCAAUGUACAUGUAAAGCUGUUGAGUACUGUUUGAACUCUGCUAAUUCAUCAGUACUCAGAACCUUUCUACCGUGUGGGAAUUAUUGCUACGGACAACCUCAGUGCUCCGUUCAUAGAAAACAAUGCAUUAGUCAUUUUAAUGUGGUUAGAAAAUAAAAAAAUUGAUUUUUUACAGAAUUAUUUGCGAGAGUAUUACAAAUAGAAGAGUUCAGUUCUUUGAUAUACUUUUCUAAAUAUCUAUGUGCUGUGAGCAAUUCUAUAGAAUGUCUUUUUCCCGUGUUCUCGUCCUUGUUGAUCGUUGCGACGCUUGUAGCUCAAGUCGUUAUGCCUGCUAAGAAGUUUGGCCGUUGCUACUGGGAGACGCGCGGGCACACACAUGCUUCAAUGUUCUAUUCCAUCGACAAUUAAAGUGCAUAAUCAAACCAGAUAGGCUAAUAAUGGUGUGGAAUUUUUUUUCUGCAGUAUGCUUUCUCAUGAACUUCUACAAAUUUUUUAGUAAUUUCAGUGAUUGAGUUGUUUUUACGAAACAAAGAGGAAAUCAAUCUUUUUUAAAAUAAUAGAGUCACUUGACUCUAUUUUAAUAAUGGACUUGUGGAAUUGUUAUAAAACUCACCAAGUGAUUACCAAGAUGAGUCUUUAGUUAUCUUGGUAUCGGUAAUGGACUAUCGACACCGUUACUUUAUAUUAAAGUAAUGUGUGACUUUUAGAUUCAACUUGAUACGCCCAUGCACUUAGCUGUUUUGUUUGUCAUUUUUCAUGUGAGAAUACAAACAAAAUUUAUUUUUCCACUUCCUCUUGAUUCGUCACUGUCCAAUACCUACUUCAGUUUUUGUCCACUCAUUCUCUCUGUCAAGUCUCUUUCUCUUCUUACCCACAUUCUCUGUCUAGUUCCUGUUUCCGUAUUCCCCCGAUCUCUGGUUAUUGCCUGUCUCUGUUUCAUCCACAUACCCAGCCUCUCCCGUGCGCGCCGCUUUGCCUAACGUUACGCUGUUGAUAAAACACUAUGUACCAGAUUUCUUAAAUGAUUACUGCACUCGCAUGAAAAUUUUCUUAUUAGCUAUAAAUUUCUACGAGAGACAUAAGAUAGCAAUCGUUAUUCUUAACGAUCGAUGGACAUAUCAUCCCUCGAGAGUCACACUCAUUCAGAUUUUUAGUCGUAAGAAAAUAGUGCUUGAAUAUAAGGUCCUCUCAAUUACACUUCUGCCUAUGUGCAUAAUUUCUUGGCUUUAAAAUUAAUAUAUUGGAGAUCUCUUAGCCCUCCGCGCACGAACGUUGAACGCAUUUUCUCUCUCCGCUUGCCUUGCAUCACUCUUAUAGAAAUACGCUUUACGUCUUUUUGUAUGCAUCACUGCGCUUGCAAAGGCAGGUUUACACUCUUCGAUUUUUUUUCUGUGUACGUGUUGAGUCAGUUAAAGGUGAUGUGAGUGAGGUUCAUGAAGGUAAGGGCAUUGUAAGGUAAUGUAAGUGAAGGUAAUUUAACUGUUGAUGAAAGUCAUGACGAUGAAAGUCAUGAGUAUGAAAGUCAUCUUGAUAUUAGUGAUGAUUUUAGCGAGGUUGAGGUAAUUGGGAUAAUGUAAGUGACAAUGAAGUAAUUGAAGGUGAUGUAUGUGACGAUGGCGUAUGCGUGAGAGAUGUGCAAUGUAUUAACUUUAACUUGUUGAGCAUCAAUUACAGUUAUUAACUUGAGAUUUAUAUUAUAA